ACCACAUCGCUUCGACACACCCUGUUCGCUCUGCCAGUAGAGGAAGAAAGAUGGCGCCCACACACGUAUUGAGAUGCUGUCAACGAGGUUUGGCGUGGAUACCUGUGAUAUUUAUCUCCCUGGUCGUCUGCUGGUCUUAUUACGCCUACGUGGUGGAGCUUUGUAUAUUAACCAUUAGAAGUAUAGGAGAGAAGAUCAUCUACCUGGUCUUCUUCCACCUCUCCUUCGGCAUGUUUGUGUGGUCUUAUGUGAAGACCAUCUUCAGUAAGCCUGCCAACCCAUCCAGUGAGUUUUGCCUGCCGAAGGCUGAGAAGGAGCGUUAUGAGAAGGAAGAAAAGCCUGAGUUCCAGCAGGAGAUUCUAUGGAGAGCUGCUACCAACCUGCCUCUGUACACCCGCACAGGAACUGGAGCAGUCAGAUACUGUGACCGCUGUCAGGUCAUCAAGCCCGACCGGUGUCAUCACUGCUCUGCGUGUGACAUGUGUGUGCUGAAGAUGGACCACCACUGUCCCUGGGUGAACAACUGUGUUGGCUUCUCCAACUACAAGUUCUUCAUCCUUUUCCUGGCCUACUCACUGGUGUACUGUUUGUUCAUCGCGGCCACGGUUCUGCAGUACUUCAUAAAGUUCUGGACGCUUUGUCGGAGGAAAUCGGCAGAGAACUGUCCAAAGAAUGAGCUAGAAGACACUCGAGCCAAAUUCCACGUCCUGUUUCUAUUUUUUGUGGCGGCUAUGUUCUGCAUCAGUAUUUUGUCCCUCUUCAGCUACCAUCUGUGGCUUGUUGGGAAGAACAGGUCCACUAUAGAGGCAUUCAGGGCCCCAGUCUUCAGAACAGGCUCAGAUAAGAAUGGCUUUUCUCUGGGCUUCCGGAAGAACAUCGUUCAGGUCUUUGGAGACCAGAAGAAAUACUGGCUGCUCCCAGUCUUCACCAGUCAGGGAGAUGGUAUGACGUUCCCGACUCGGCUAGUCAACAUAGAUCCAGAGCAGGCCCCGGUGACGCUGUAUCCUGAACCCAGUAAAAGUGCGACUGACGUCACUGUGAGCCCGCUGAGCGAGUCUCAGAACCGCCUUCUGAGCAACGAGAAGCAGGCCAACAACGUUGAGGACUACCUCGCUGACGACAACAUCAAAUCAGCUGAAAGUGAAACCAUCACAGUCUCCAUGGAGAGCGAGUCCUAACCAGGAGAAAUGCCUGUCCUCUAAUAAAAAGCCUUAAACAACCCAACAGUUUAGCUAGUCUCCACGGCAACCGCAUCUCCUCAGAUCCAUUCAGAGUAUUUAUGGACACCCUUCGCUGCAGCUUUUCUUGAGUAGCCUCGACAUAUUAGCAUAUGUGGGACAUCUCUCACUAACUCCCAUAGGAGAUGUUUGUUCUACGCCGUGAUGCAGAUCUCCUUUUGCUGUUCUCCUUCACAUGUGGGGAGUUUGUUUAUGAAGAAUGUCCAAAGGACUCCAGUUUUUUUUUUUUUUUACUGUUUAGCUUUUGUGCCAAAAGCCUCGACGGUGCACCAGGAGUUAUUUUACAGUAACGGUUGUGAAAAGGAGAUGCUGAAGAAGUUUUUUUUUUUUAAGGUACAGCACAUGCUGUGGAGAUGGACCCAUUUAACCUACUGUUACAUGUUCAUUUUUUAUUAUGUUUUUAUUAUAUUUUAUUAUAUUCAUUAUAUUGUGGUUUGCACCUUUUUGAGAUGGAUGUUUUCCCACCAAAACCCUGGACUCGGCUGUGUGGUUCAGUAGACUGUCCCUGUCCACAGCAGGGGGACACUAUGGGAUUUUGGUUGGACAUUACAGCACAAGAUGGAGCAUUUGCACUUUACUUUUGAAAUGUCCAUCAGAAACCAUGUGCUUUUCUACCAUUUUCUGUUUUUCUUUUACACAUCUGAGAUGCAUUAUUAGUCAUUUAUCAUGUUUUGUAUAACGGUUCAAGCAGCAGUCAAUAUUUUCUUUUUAUAACUAAAAAAAACAAACCCUCUGCUUUAAGUAUAUUCGUGACCAAGUGGUGUUGAACUAUGCUGCGUGGAAAUGGAGAGUCUCACUCACACAUUGUCCCUCUAGCUGCUGAUAGGGGAUGUCUACAGAUCUUCCUUUUUUAUUUCUACUGCUCAACCUUUAAUGAGAUUCCACCACUCGUUGCCAAAAAAGGGCUGAAAUGUCAGGAGCUCUGACAUCUGAACCUGAAGUGUUUACAGCAUGCUAGCUUUACUCUCACUGGCUAACAUUACCAAGCAGCAGCAGCGGAGGUGGGGUUCACCAUAGAUAUGUAUAUAAACACCACAGGUUGUGUUAUCAGAUCUGGACAGCAGGUGGCGACAAAUCUGUUUCCUAUUCUCAUCAAAUUGAGUUUUUGGGUGCUUCUUUGAAUAUAUCUUUUUUAUUUAGAUGUUGCUACCAUGACAUCACUUUAGUGUAAUAACACAGUGUGAGAGAGAAUUGUGGACAGCAGCAUCUGGAAUCGCGCUGUGUUGUAAAAUUGUGGAAAAGACCCUUAAACUGUAACGGUGGCGCGUCUCGUGUAAGUGUCGAACAUCUGAUGUUUGAGUCUCUGGGUCAAAGUCUGUAAAACCGUGUUGCUGGAUCCCACCGGACCCUGGUGUUGUUCGUGUUUACAGCCGUUUCUGAUGCUCGGGAUGUGCCUGUGGUGUUUUCAUGAUGAUGCUAGUCGUACCUUUACGGGUGUGUUUGUGAUCACCAGUGAUCAGCGGGGGAUUUUUUCGUGAUAGUGUUGUUGCACUGUAACUAUAAGAGACCUUGACCCAAAGCAGAGGAGUUCUGAUUGAUUUCGGCUCUCUAUCAACAACAUAUUUAUAUAUUUAGUGACAGGACACUCGUGUCAGUGUAGGAGUCUGCUUUGGUUUAUUUUGGGGUUUAAAACCUUGGACCACCUGGCUGGUUGGUCUUGAGGCUGAGUGAGUGAGUGAGUGAGUGAGUGUGUGUGUGUGUGUGUGUGUGUGUGUGUGUGUGUGUGUUAUUAUGCUUGUCUACAUUAUUCCUGUCUUGGGAUUUUUACCUGAGCAUCCUUGUCUUAAAAGCAUGGCACCUAACAUCUGAAGAAAGUAAAACAUGUUUUGCUGUUUUUGGGGGAUUACAGUGUCAGACUUUUUAUUUUUUUUUAUUUUUACUUUGCCGUCUUUUCAAUGAGCUUUACUCUGGUCUGUAUAAAACUGAAGCCAUAAACUCUUGUGAAAACGGAAGGCUGGACGAUUCUGUUCUCCUUUUCUAGACAGAUCUCAUGCUACGUCUUGUCACGGUGCAGGUCAUAGCCUGUCAUAAUGUGCUAACCGCUACAUUCUGGUUUUGUUAUCCUAUUUUACAAUGUGUGUAAAUACUAUGUAAGCAAAGACACGUAUAUUUUUCUUGUCUAAUUAAUUUUACUGUUCCUAUUUGAAUGAAGUUCGUGCUUCUACACGGUUAUCAUACAAAUAAAUGUUUUUGGUUCUUUUCUACAAAA